AUGAAUAGCGUUUAUCCAAACGAAGAAAAACAAGGUUUUCCACCAACUUAUGAACAAGCCAUGACUUAUCCACAGGCACCACCAAUACCAUCUGAAUUUGAUAUGCCUACAUCACCUGUAGUUUUCCAACCUCAACAACCGCCAGUUGGAAUGUAUUCAACACAAUAUAUGAAUCCAGGUCCUCAAGCGCCACCUGUUGGUUUCUACCCAUCAAUCGGUAUGUAUCCAACAUCAGCUACAGGUCAAAUACAUCAAGGACCACAACUUGGUACUAGUAUGUUUAUAACAACACAAUCAUUAAUCUAUGGUGAUUUACCAAUUCAAUGUAUAUGUCCACAUUGUCAACAAUCAAUUGUUACACGAAUAGAAAGACAAACUGGUUUAGUAUCAUGGUUAGUCUGUGGUGGAAUACUUUUAUUAGGUGGUUGGUUUGGUUGUUGUCUUAUACCAUUUUGUAUCGAUAGUCUCAAAGACACUGAACAUUAUUGCCCAAAUUGUGCAGUUCUACUCGGUACACGACGACGAAUGUAA